AAACGUCAAAAUUUUGCCUCUUCGCUGAUGCGACGACAGCCCUAACAUCAAGCGAGACAAAAGAAAAGCAUUUUCGGUAGGCGCAAAAGUACGCGCUCUCGAUUAAACUUCACGUUUAGACGUUUUUCUCGAUCGAUUUUCCCCACCGUCAUACUCGCAAACGUGACAGUGAUAGUUGUGUUUCGUUUUUCCGGUGAGAACUCCAACGCCGGAAGCCAUUUGCCGUUCCGCUGGAGUGGGUUCAAUUUCCAAGCGGAAAAUUUUUCCGAUCCGCGUUGUAAACAAAAGGCGUGUACGAAUCACGGGAAGUACACACAGACACAGAGCAGGAAAGGUAAGACAUAAAUAAAACAAAACAGCCGGGAAGCCUGUGGUAGCGUUCCGCCCCCGCAUGUACGCUGAUUAACAAAAAAAAAACUAGGAAUCGCGGGCGGUUUCAAACAAUAAUGAGAGAGUUGUCCGAUCUGCUGCGUGAGAUUAAACAGUGCACCGAAAACGAGGACAAGAUGGAGUUUUGCGAGGACUUUGCCAAACUGCAAACAAUUUUCAACCAUACCAAUCAGUUUGUGCGGACCUUCGAUCGGAUCGUGUUCCAUGGAGGGAAUGAACCGUACAUCAUUGAGAUCGUCGCCCGGUUGGUCAAGUAUCUGCGCAUCCGUCGGUACCUGAACGAGGACAACAAACCGAUUCGCGAGUGUGACAAUCAGUUGCGUAAAAUAACACUGUUUAUGAUUUUGAAUACGGAUGCUAGUUUCAAGUUUGAUCUGAUGAAGGAUACCAAAAUUUGUCACGUGCUGAAUACGGUUCCACAGCUGACCAAGUGUCUGCUGGUUAAUUGCAUUUGGGGUGCCAGUUUGGAUAAAUAUUUCUACGAGAUGCUCUCCUACAGCCCGCAGUGGUUCAUGAUGCAAUUUAUCGAGCAAGCGGUGACCAGUAUGAAGUUUGCCAAGCCGUUUGAAAUCCUGGAACGAGUUGAGGCGAUGGUGAAAGCUAUUUACUACAGCAUCUGCCGGACGGAUUGCGACUGGAAGCGGAUCGAUCGGAAUCGAUUCGUCGAGCAGCAACGGAUUCUGUCGAAGUUGUUCGAUUUCCUGAUGGAUUUGUUGCGGUUUUUCAAUACCCCAGAUAUGAGCAAAUUUGAGCGAUGGUCCCGAAUGAGAAUGCAUCGGUACUACGGGUUUGCACUGAAGCAUAUAUUCGCGAUAGUACUGUACUGUUUCGAUUUGUAUCUGAAUCAGCGCUUGUUCGAGGUAGAAGAUGAAAUGAGCAUUUAUCAGAUUAUGGGUGAAAAGCAUGUCACUCGGAAGGAGAUUCCGGAGGCGUAUUCACCCGGUACGGAUUCUCAUCUGGUGAAGAUUAAUAACUGCCUGUUGAAUACGUUGCAGACCUGUGUGAUGGAAGUCACGAUCGACAGUUUCAUGUAUUGGGUUGAGAUCGACGUGGUGGCCGAUGGAGCUGAGCAACUGACUUUGCAGCAAAUUAUUGGAGAGUCGGCUUACAAAUUGAUGGAAACGUUGAAGGAGAACAAGUUGUUCCAGCAUAAUGUGUUGAAGCAGCUGCCUUCGAUAUCGUUGCGACCAAAGUCGCAAGCUGAGAAAGCUAUGGAACUGUCGAUGAGGGAUCUAAUGGACAGAGUUGAAAAUACCAAGGAUGUUUUUGAACGGAGGCUGUUUUUCAGCGAGUUCAUCCGACGUGGUUCACAGGUUUUUGGCAACAACGAAUGUUUGAACUUGAUCGAACAAAAUUUGGAACUCAUUUCCGGCGAUAAUGUCCGAAAGAUGGUAGAGUACGAUAAUCGACCGACGGAUGAGGAUGAAAUGGAAGAGGAUGGUCUUUCGGAGGAGGCAAUUAGACUGAAAGAGUUGAUCCUGAAGGGAGUCGAUAAUUUGUUGAUGGAGGAAGCAACGACUUUGAUCAAACACAUGAUGGCUACGUACGGACUGGAGUAUGAUCGCUAUCAGACACCGGAUUUAGUUGAGCAGAUCGUGGAGUACACGAACAAAUUUAACUCCAACAGUAUGCAACUGGGCGAUGAAGAAUCGCUUGUUCCGAUGCGUCUUAUCUUCCAGUGUCCUUCGUUGUUCUACAGUCGCCUUACUCGCUCGCUGUAUGAAUCGAGCUUUAACAAUGCCAACUACAUUUAUGCCAUCACCAGAGUCAUCGCUAGCACAAGACCCCUCUCGGUGCCGUAUUUGAGCGCACAGGUUCGUUCCCUACUGUCGAACGAGUUCGAGGUGACCAAAUCCAACUCGCUGUCCGUAUUCGUUCUGAAACUGUACGAACGGGAUCUUUUCGAGCGCAACAAUUUCCUACAGGGCUACUUGCUGCAGGGAGCCGACGAAGCUUUCCAAAAGUCUAACUUUAGAGCCCUGCUGGAGAUUCUCGGCAUUACGCAGCUGGUCGUGGACAAGAAUCUCAACGGGUUUAAGCUGGACACACUGAAGCAGGUGGUGCUGAAGAUGGCCGAACUUUCCGAACAGCUGCGUUUCGAUGUGACCAAGCUGCAACCGGAACAUCCUCAGGGAGUGGAUCGUGUGGUGCUGUUGGAGAAGAUGUUGAAGAUCAUGCUCGGACCGGUGCGGAUGUUGCGAGCAAUGAAGGAGGAAUCUAAGCAACGGUACAAAGCGGAAACGCAGCGGUUUGCCCCGAUCACAAAGUACUACUUCCAGCGGUCGUUCGUGGAUUUGUCGGCCGGGAAAACGGUUCAGGAGUUCGCAAAGUUCCUGUAUCAGGGAGACAUCGACGAGAAUACACCGAAAAUACACGUUCGUCUGUUCCUAUCUAAGACCCUGGUUCAAUGCACAAACGCCGAAGCAGACAAACUGGCCCGGGACCCGCUUCUGUUGCCACAUAUCAGCGACGCAGUUCUCAUCAUUCUAGUGCUUCUGACGGAACAGGAACGUCACUACGAGUGCCUCAAGAACUGCCUCUCCAACUAUCUGCACGUAGUGCAGAAACAUCUUUUACCACCCCUUCUGAUCGCGGAAGCUGCUGCACCGGGUCAACCCGGUCCAGCCGAACAACGUGCCGCGCUGGUCAGAUCGCUGGUCAAGCUGAUCGUAAAACUGCCAGACGCAUCCCGCGAUCGGUUGCUGGUCGCACUAUCCUUCGGUUUAUCCGCAAUCGUUCGCCAGCUGCGAACCGUCGAUGCCGGGCUGGAUCUCGGCGAUAUCGAAAAAGUGCUGAAGCUGGAACAGCAUCCUACGACGGUGGUAAAAAUUAGGGCGGCUGCCACUGCAACGGCGAUGGAACAAAACGGAUCCAAGGAGGAUGGUUGCGAGGUGUCCGCUGAUUGUGCCGUGGCAAUGGUGACGGAAUAAAAUCUGACUAUGUAUUUGUAAAGAUUCGUGAUAAGGAAAAAGAAAGGGACAACCGCUACAAAUCGAACACGGUAAGAUAUUUGACUCUAUAUGUAUAUCUCGCAGAUACACAGCUACUGAACUCUACUAGGGGCGGAACGCCAGCGCGCGCAAAGCUCAGUAAAAAAGUUAAAAGAAACAGAUUGGACACAAAUGCUACGUGAUUUUAGGGAAUGAUUAGUGAAUUAGGCUAACGGUUUUUUUUUGUUUGCGCGAAAAAAGUCAACCACCAAACCGGAAUUCGAGAACUCAUUCGCUCUGGAAACUGCGUUUUGUAAGAAAUUUUUUUUUUUAAUAGUUUAACUACUAAGCUAACAACCAAUCGAAUCGCAACAGAAUUACAAAAAAAAACAACCAACACUAAUCAAUAAAUGAUUUACAACUA